CCCCCUCACCCCUUGAGCAAGGUGGGGUGCUUGCACCAAGGGAGUGGGCCUGGCAUGGGAAGAGGCCAGCUGGGCCCUGGUGGUGCCUGGGGACUGCAUGGGAGUCCCUGCCGGAGAGAGAGGGAAAGAAGACAAGCUGGGGACUCUGGUGCUUGGGCUGGGGACUGAGCACCUGUGACCUCCACCGGCUUCCUCCUCCCUGAGGACUGAAUCUGGGACACAGAAGGGCAGAGAUUCAGGCCUGCCUUUCCUCUCCCUGAAAGAUCCUGUGCUGGCCCUGGGCAAAGAGAAGGAUGAGAAGUGAAGCUGAUGAGGUGGGGCUGCAGGGAUCCAGGUGGGAGGGGCCCAGCCAGCCAAGGCCAGACCCGGUCCCUCAGCAGGAGGAUGGGCACUGGGGCCCUUGGGCAGGGCUGACUUGACACUGACCACAAGGGAGGCCCUUUUGCAAUAAGAGGAAAAAAACCAGAUGGAUAAAGGAAGUGCUGGUCAUCCUGGAGGUGCACGGGUUUCAGGAAGGCUCCCGGCCCCCACAGCCCUCUGCGGAGCCUGAGCCCGGCUGCCCCCACUCACCUCAACCCCCAGGUGGCCCCACCACAGGGCCCCUCUCUGCCUGGACGGCUCUGCUGGUCUCCCCAUCCCCUGGAGGAGAGCAAAGCCAUGGGCCGGCCCCUGCUGCUGCCCCUGCUGCUGCCCCUGCUGCCCCUGCUGCUGCCGCCAGCAUUUCAGCAACCUGGUGGCUCCGCGAGAUCCGGUCCAAGCGGCCCUUAUGGGGUCACUCAACGAAAACACCUCUCAGCCCCUAUGGGUGGCUCCGUGGAAAUUCCCUUCUCCUUCUAUCACCCCUGGGAGUUAGCCGCAGCUCCCAACAUGAAAAUAUCCUGGAGACGGGGCAACUUCCACGGGGAGUUCUUCUACAGAACAAGGCCAGCUUUCAUUCACGAGGAUUACUCGAACCGGCUCCUUCUGAACUGGACAGAGGGUCAGGACCGCGGGCUCCUCAGGAUCUGGAACCUGCGGAAGGAGGACCAGUCUGUGUAUUUCUGCCGAGUCGAGCUGGACACACGGAGAUCAGGGAGGCAGCGGUUGCAGUCCAUCGAGGGGACCAAACUCACCAUCACCCAGGCUGUCAUGACCACCACCACCUGGAGGCCCAGCAGUGCAACCACCACAGCUGGACUCAGGGUCACAGAAGGCAAAGGGCACUCAGAAUCAUGGCACCUAAGUCUGGACACUGCUAUCAGUGUGGCAUUGGCUGUUGCUGUGCUCAAAACUGUCACUUUGGGACUGCUGUGCCUCCUCAGGUGGAAAAGAAGGAAAGGUCAGCAGCAGACUAAAGCCACAACUCCAGCCAGGGUGUGGAGAGACGGGAUGUGUAUUAGCCCCAGAGGAUGUGCUGUGAGACCCGCUUGUGAGUACUCCACACUGGCUCCCCAUUGGCAAGAUACAUGGAGAGCAUCCUGAGGACCUAAAAAAGGCAGAGCCACAAGGCAGAAGGAGCCUGGGUCCCUGAAUCACCAACUGGAGGAGAGAUACCUACCAGAGCCUUCAUCCAGGAGCAUCCACUCUGCAGUGACACAGGAAUGAGGUCUGAACUCCACUGAAUUAAAUCACUGGCAUUCGGGGGCUAUUCAUUAUAGCAGUGCUAAGAGUUCCUUUGUCUUCCCCAAGGAUGGAAAACUACAAUUUAUUUUGCUUACCAUAUACCCCUUUUCUCCUCGUCCACAUUUUCCAAUCUGUACAGUGGCUGUCUUCUCCUGUGGCAGGGGUUUUGGGGAAUAAACAGUGUGAAACGCUGCUGA